CUAAAUUUAAAAUCAAAAUUAUCCAUAAAUAACUAAUUGCAAUGCUCUUAGAUUUUCAAAGAAAAGAAAUGUACUUGAUCAUUCGUGUCGAGUCGUGUAUAACGAGGAUUUAAAUUUUAAAAUGAAGCUACAUUAAUGCAAACGGUCUUUGUUAUUAAAAGUGUGACUUUAAUCAUUACAGUGUCGGAACCCGCGGAUGGUCGAUAGCUGCCGCUGUCUGGAAGCACGGUGAGACGCGAUACAUCUCGAUGCAUUUUUAAAUCCAAACUCUCCGUGGGACCGAUAUUUUUAGAUGCUGCGAUCACGAUCAGCUUGUAUAUGAGCGCGGCACUGGCUUCGGAAUCCUUGUGACUAUAAAUUAACGUGUAAUAAUGAUUUGUCUGUCUCUUCGUAAUGCUACUCAUUGUCAGUCCGAAAUAAUCAUUCGAAAGAAUGUCGUUUUGAUGUCAUUGUUGUCAAGACAACAAAUAUUGGAAUGUUGUCGAAACUUGCAUCGAAACUUUGACCUUUUCAAAUUACAAAAAGUUGCGUAUAUAGGAGUGUAACAGGAGAGUGACAUAUUUUUUCGAUAUUUUUAGUGUGUAUAUGUGAUAUAUAAAUCUUGUCAAUAACUCUCCACCAUCGUUUUGAAAGAUUGAUUCAAGAAUUUAUUUUCAACUUGAAAAUUAAUCGAAAUUGUAAUUAAAAAAAAAAUCUAUUGAAAUCAACAGAAAUUUUGACUAAUCGCCAUUGAAACGACUUCUUUUUGAGGAUAUAUUUCUAACUAGGUAUUAGAUAAAGAAAUUGGAACCAAUUCUUUCAAACUGAUCUAUUUUACAAAGAAACUGAAAUUUCAGGAAAGCAUCUUUUACAAGACGACAGAGUCAUCCGAAGAAAUAUAAGAGAACUCGUCUUUGAACUUGAAUCAGAAGCUUAGAUGUGUAUAAAACAUUUGAUUUGGUAAUCGUUACAAAGAUUUAUGGCUCGGAAAUGGAAAUAGGAAGAAAUGAUCGCUAGGCAGGAUGUUCGUGGCCAUGAGAAAGCUAUGUUGAUCAUUCUUUUGAAAGAAAAGAAAAACAAUUAGAAAUUGACUCAUUCCAAUAAGAAUGAUAUCAAAACUAAUGGAAAUGGUGGCUCACCUGAAGAGCCCACAAUUGGUCGCUUCGAUUCAGCAAUUUUUUGGAGUCAGGAUACAUUAUGACAGACCCGACAAGACAUUCCAAGAUGAGAAGGAAAAGUACAUUUGCACAAGAAUGAAUGAGGAAGAUUACACUUCAACUUGCCAAAAAAUAAAUGGCUGUGACAUAAACGAUAAACAAUUGAAUGUAUGCACAGAGCGUACAAAUUCUUCGAAGCGAACAGGAGUAAACGAGCCAAUGAUCAAACGCGAGGAAACCUCGACAAUUUCGAAUAAUCCGAAUUAUACAAUAGACAAUCCAUUUUGGUAUUACAUAUUUCUGUUUGGAACCGAGUUAGGGGACGAGAUCUUCUAUUCAACUUUUAUACCGUUCUUGUUUUGGAAUAUUGAUGGAGCCGUUGGCCAAAGAGUCGUUCUCGUAUGGGCUACUGUUAUGACCAUUGGACAAAUAAUGAAAGAUGUGAUACGUUGGCCUAGACCAGCGUGCCCUCCGGCGGUCAGACUGCAAAAUAAAUGGUCACAAGAGUACGGAAUGCCAUCCACUCAUGCCAUGGUCGGUUUCACCAUACCAUUUAGCGUAGUAUUAUUUACGAUGCACAAAUAUAUUUAUCCAUCUUCUCUUGGCUGCAUCAUUGCCCUUCUCUGGUGUGCUCUUGUCAGUAUGAGCAGAUUGUAUCUAGGUAUGCAUACUGUGCUAGACAUCAUCGCCGGCUUAGUAUUAGCGAUUGCGUUAAUGAUUCCAUUAGUACCCUUGGUGGACAUUACGAAUUCUUAUGUCAUUACAAAUUUUUGGUUUGUAGUGAUACUGAUUAUGGUCACUAUCGCCGUUAUCGUAUAUUAUCCAUCUAAUUACAAGUGGACACCCACUAGAAGCGACACUGCCAUGGUUGUAUCAGUCGCAGCAGGACUUCAUGCGGGAGCAUGGCUCAAUUAUUAUUCCGGUCUAUUAAGGGUAUCGCAAUCCUCUCUACCAUUUCAUAUCGUUUGGCCAACAUAUUCUACGUUUAGUCAUUUGAUUAUUCGAACUGUACUCGGUUUUUCCGGUGUUAUCGCGACGAAAUAUUUCUGCAAAUCUUUCAGUUAUAUUACGAUAUGUGGCAUAUUACAAAUUAAUUGGAAGGAACUCAUGAAAUGUCAAGAUUACAAUAGUAAUCAAAUUAAGGUGUUCGUCGAUCUAGUCUAUAAAUAUCUAUCUUGUUUCAUGAUAGGUCUAAAUACAGUGUAUCUGUUGCCACAAGUUUUUAAUAUGAUAGGUAUCGAUCGGCCAGCAUUUUACUCCGAAAUAUAAGAAACUUUACAUGCAACUUGUUAUUCAAUUUAUAUUAAUGAAAUAUAUUUUAUAUCUUGUUUGUUUAUAAUUUUUAGCUUUUAUAAUUUUUAAUGAAAGUUAUUUAUUUUCACUUUUUCAGUCAGUUUUUGAAAAUACGCAUUUUUGACAUGGAACUUGUCUCCUUUUCUUAAAAUCAUUUUAUUAGAAUCAUUAAUGCACAUUAGAAAUACCAAGAUACAAUAGAAUCGUACUUCAAUUAUUUCAUGAUAUUAAAAAUAAUAAAUUUCUUUCAAAGUAGA